UAAAAUACGUUGAAGUGAAUCUCUCCAUAUCAGAUCCUUUUUUUUCUUUCUCCUCCCAAAUUCUUCGAUCUCUCACUGUGUAGUAUAUUAACGUAACCACCUCCAUCCUGUUUUAAUUUUCUUGUUUUUUUCAAUUUUUCUCUCAGCUUUUGAUCCAUAAAUUCAAACGAAGAAGAUCUGGGUUCUCUUGAGAACACGAAGAUCAACAAUGGUUUUGCUUCAAUCUGAACUCAGUUUGGAUUUUAGACCUACGUUUGUGCCCAAAACGCUCACCGAUUUCUUCAAAGAGGUUUCCAUGAUCGGAAAUGUGCACGACAGGGUUUCGAAGCUCAACGAUUUCGUCAAAAGUUUGGAGGAUGAAAUGAGGAAGAUCGAUGCCUUCAAACGGGAGCUUCCUCUCUGUAUGAUUCUCUUGAAAGACGCCAUUUUAGCUGUGAAGGAGGAGUCAUUGCUAUGUGUAGUUCCCAAACCCCAACCGGUUUUGGAAGAGUUCAUACCUAUGAAGAAAGAAUGCUAUGAAGAAGAACAAGAAGAUCAGAAAAAUUGGAUGAGUUCUGUUCAGCUUUGGAAGUCCGAUCGGAAACGAGAUUCCAAAUUCGAAACUAAGAGAAAUGAAAAAGUAGGCCUAGUGACUUGUAGAAAUAAGAAUGGAGAGAGGAUCCAUGUACCAUUUAAGGAAUUUCCUAUUCAUGCGCUUUCUCUUUGCACUCCGGGAAUCAAAAAUCCGAUAGAGGAAUCCGCUUCGAGUGGUACUCGAGUUGUUUCAUCUUCCACUCUGAGUUCUCUUGUGAAUUUAAGAACCGGAAUGCAGCAGCAGAAACAGCAGUCGUCUCGUAAACAGCGGAGAUGCUGGUCACAAGAGUUGCAUCGAUGUUUCGUUAGCGCAUUGCAGCAACUCGGGGGAUCUCAUGUGGCGACACCGAAGCAGAUUAGAGAACUAAUGCAGGUAGAUGGUCUCACCAAUGAUGAAGUGAAGAGCCAUCUGCAGAAAUACCGACUCCACACAAGAAAACAUCCAGUAUCUGCAGUCACCCCUGCAAACCGAUCCGUAGUUGUUCUUGGAGGAUUAUUGGUGCCUCGAGUUCAGUACGGUGAUUCGUCAAUGGCGUGUAGUUCUCAAGCUGGCUCACCACAAGGUCCUCUUCAGUUAGCAGGGACAGGGGAGACGUCGACCACAGGGGAGAACAGCACGGAGGACGACGACGAGGAUGAUGCAAAAUCCGAGAGCUACUGCUGGAAGAGCCGAAUUCAAAAUCCGGGGAUCGAAGAUGCGUAAGGUGUUUUCUUCCCACCAUGAUUUUGAAAAUAAGAAGAUAUACAUUGGAGGUAUAUAUAUCCUUUGAGUAGAUUACACUUCUGUUUAUUACUCAUAAAAAUGGUACAAAAUAUUUGUAGGAAAGCCAUGUUUAUGUGUGAAGAAACCAAACCAAAAACUGGUGAUUUUUUAUAUAUACCAUCAGUUUGUUUGCCCUGAAA